UAGGUCGUCUGUCAGGCGUGAGAGGACACUGGGUCUUUGUUGACAUCCAUAGACGGCGAAUAUUGUCGACGAGCGCGGUGUGGAUAAUACUGUUCCAUCUUAAACUUAAAAUGUCGAGCGAAGACGCACAGAUCAGGGUUUAUACCACUUCCAUGUCUGGGAAGUCAAAUAUUGUGACCCAACAAAACAAGAUCGAGCAGGUGCUUGAAGCCAAGAGAGUGAACUUCAUUAAGAUCGACAUUGCUUCCAACGCUGAGUCCAAGGAAGAGAUGCGGACCAUCAUGGGGGACGACCAUGGACUUGCCCCUCAAAUCUGUAACGGAAACGUUUAUUGUGGAAAUUACGAAACGUUUGCUGAAGCAAACGAAGUAGGCGAGCUGUUUGACUUCUUGAAACUCCCGAACCCCGUCAAAGAACAAAGCUAAGACACUGAGAUUUUUAUUAUCCGGAUUUGAUGCAAUACUGAAUUCAAAACAGAUCCAGUUGAAACUAGGCGAGAACGGCACCCUGAAUGUAGGAACUGCUCGGACAUGCCUUCGUCGCCACUUAGAUGUCACGUGACAGCGUUUGUACUUGUAUAUAUAUACCUUCCUCUUUACUAUUAAAGGGUAUUUUCUGUUGUAUCUUGUAUUGUCAGAUGUAAAGCCUAUUUUGUUACAACUUUCAAACAUCAUUUAUUGUCCAUAAGAAUAUAUUUAUAUUUGUACAUGUUCUGAGUUCACGCAAAAAUAUAUGGCGAUGUAAAUGGUAGACUAGUUUGAAUUUAGAUAAUCAAAAUAGAAGAGUGCCAGUAUAAGCUAGUAUUCAAAAUGUCAUUAUAAAUCCAGUUCAUAAUUAUACAAUGAGGUGACAUGCUGUUUUUGGUGUGGUUAUCUCCCUUUCUUCUUUCAAUGUUCACGGCUAACUCCGGUAGAUGAUGCAAAACUAGCCCAGUUUCCUGUGUAUGCUGCGCUAGCGCUUCACUGCGCAGCAUAUACAUGUAACCAAACAGAU